AUGUCAGAGUACAGAUUUGAAAAUGUACUCAUUGAAGGCGUUAAGGGUACAAUAUUGUUAAAUAAUUAUGAUCUUUUGUUCGUAGUCGAUAAUCACACUUAUAAAUGGUCCUUAUCAAACUGGAUAAGGUCAGAAAAGUCGAAAAAGACACCUAAAGUUAGGUUAUCCUUUAAAGAAUCCUCUACAAAACUCACUUCAGAAUAUUCUGAAUAUGACGUUCUCCUUAAACCAGUGGUCGUAGCAGAUUUUAUCGAUGAUAGAGAACGUUUAGAAGAAUUUUCUAACGUACUAACUGAGUGUUCUACUAAGUCCCGCCACCUACCCAAAGAGCCUGAGGUUACAAAACCACCACCAGCUCCCACAACAGUAAUCCCUGAACCUGAGCAACCCGCGCCUCCAAAUGUCAUUGAGGAAGAUUUUGAGCAGGCGAAGAGAGUCUUUCUGGAUUCCAACGAUAAACUCGCGAGGAUUUACAGUAGUCUAGUGGUAUCAGAAGAAGAUUCCGAGGGACUAAUUUCAUCAAAAGACUUCUGGGAACAUCAUAAAACUGAGCUAAAAACAAACGUAUCGCAACUUAAGGCGAGGUCCAAUUUGGAAGGGUUCCUAUCAGUACCUCCGGCAUCAACUCUUGUUAACUCCCAAAAUGUUUAUGUUUACUCAAAGCAGCUUGCAGAGACUCUACUUGCGGAAGAUGAAACUAUUAGAAAUCUUCAUAAAAAGCUAGUUUUGGAUAAGAACAUGCCAGAGGAGAGCUUUUGGAAAAGAAUACUACAAUCUCGGUACUUUUACAACUUGAUAGACGAGAAACCCCCCGAAGAUAAGAUACUCUAUGAAGAAAUCAAAGGCAUCCCAAUAAGGAAAUCGCAAAAGAAACUAGAUACAAACCACAUUUUGAGGAUUUCAGACCCUUCCAGUGAAGUAAUAACCUUGGAAGAUAACAAGAAGGUUUACCGGAAUAGGAAAUAUAUGGAUGUGAACAAAAAAUUUGGUAAAAAUUUUACACUAGACGGGACUAGAGGCAUUUUAGUUCAGCGUUUCAACGACCAUUCAUUAAAUAUCAUGAACAAAACGCAGUCUGCAUCUCCAGAUUUAUCAGAAAGUUCAGCCCCCAAACCCACUGAUGAACAACUAGAAUCUAACAUUGAGAAUUAUCGCAAAAGGAAGCUGUUGGAUGCUACAAUCCAUGACCUGGAGGAAAAGGAGGACCAGGAGGUUGACUCGCUGUGUGUGAUAAAUUCCCUGAGAAUGCCUGGAACUCAUGCUGAACCUCCAUCACCUCUAGUGAAAGCCGAGUCUUCAGAGUCUGCGAACAAGAUUCAGUUAAAACUCCACCAUUCAACUUCGUUUCCCGACCGUUCGAGUUGGAUAAGUGAAUUGAGGGACUUUGAUAUAGUUAAAUACAUCAAGGAUUCAAAACUUGAUGUUAAAGUAAGUAAAAAGAUGUUUGUUGUCAACACUAAGCUAUGUCAGUCUGAGAAAUUAAUCACCUCUCCACAAUUUGAGUUUGAUCCCAACACUGUUAAACUGAUGACUGAGAUCCAUCAGGAGCUUAUGGAGGUUUUGCAGAUGUACUAUAAGACUUUAAUGCCUGAGGAGGAGAAGCGUUCCAAGCUUCUAUCUAUUCUCCGCAUGAUAAAGCAUAGGAUAGAAUCCAUGAACGAAGUUGGGAUCUCUUCCAAGACUGUGAAGGCUCUACAAUCUGGAAUGCUCGACCAGAUUACUGCUGCUGAGUCCUACGAUUUGAAGCUUCGUUCCUACGUGGCUAAACUUCGCUCCCAGAGGAAGUAGAUAAUUGCGUUUUAAACCACUUGUAACAUAGACUAA